CUUCAUCGUCGCUCACGUCUCACCCUCAGACUCGACCGCACGCACUCCUGUCACUCGCCGCCGCCGCCGUUGCCGCCGCCUGCACACCUGCGGCUCUUUGGCCCCCGUCACCGCCACCCCCGAUCCAUGCUCACGGCGACUUUCUUGACGACCGCGCCCGCGCGUCUUGCCACAAGCCCGCGCUUGCCUGUCACGCCCCCCUGCUUCGUCCUCACCACCUCGCUCCGGCUCGUCGCUCCCCGGCACGCGAGCGACGACCCGAGCCCGUCUUGGUCAUGGACCUGGAUCCCGACUCGCCGCCUCCUCCUGCCUCCUCCUCAACCCCCGGCGCCUUUGGCACCCACGCCGCCUCGCUCUCUACCUCUGCAGCUACCACGUCUGCCUCACAGUCUCGCCCCCCGGCCCUUGAAGUUGCCGCCUCUCAUCAUCACCAGCACGGCCUCGCUCACCAAUUCCCGCCCUCGCGCCUCGAUGCCUCCUCCUCUUCCCACGGCAACGUUUCGCCCGGCCACCGCCCUAAAAAGUCGCCUUCUACCUGCAGCACUUGUCGCAUGCGCAAGGUUCGCUGCAACGGCACCCGCCCCCUCUGCUCCAAUUGCCAGCGUCUCGGCUUCCCUUGCUCCUAUGACGAUGGCGAGUCCGAGGCUUGGGGCCUGGCGCUGCCCCGCCGUCGCGUGAAGCAGGCCUGCCUCAACUGCCACAGUCGCAAGGCCAGAUGCUCCGGCCACGAGCCCUCGUGUGAUCGCUGUCGCGCCCAGGGGCUCGACUGCGUCUAUCGCCCCAGCAAGCGUGUGCGAGCCUCGGCGCGAGGGAGCUGUGGCGACAUCAGAAGUCCCCAGAGCCAUGAUGACGGCGACAAGGACCGCGACAGGGCUGACGAUGCUGCCCAUGACAGUGACACGGCCCUGACCGACCGCCUGGGCACCGUCACCCCCAGCAACUCCAACCCCGACGUACCCUGUCCCGACGAGUCCUUGGACGCCCUCAUAGGGCGUACCCUCGACCAGUACUUCCGCCAUGUCCAUCACAUCCCCAUGUACUCCUUCUUGCAUCGGGCCUCGCUCAUGGAGCAGUACAACGCUGGCAAGGUCGACAAGGCCCUGCUGCUAGCCCUCAUCGGCAUCACCUCGUGCCUCACAGACAUGGGCCCUGGCGUGUGCGAGUACGGCGACCGCUGCAUCGACAACGCCGAGGCCCUCGUCUUCGCCGACUACAAGCGACCCUCGGCAUUCAAGGUUCAGGCCCUCGUCUUCAUGAUUAAACACCGCAUCCUCUCCAACAAGUUCUCCAGCGCCUUUGUCCUGUUCAGUCUCGCCUCCCGCUAUGCCGCCGCCCUUCGCCUCAACUACGACAGCCCCAACUUGUGCUUCCUCGCUCAGGAAUCGCGCCGUCGCCUCAUGUGGUCGCUGUACUGCAUGGACUCGGGCAUCUCCAGCGGCUACCGCGACUUCUCCCUGUGGCGCCCGGAAAAGAUACACGUGCCGCUGCCCUGCAACGAGCGCAACUUUGAGUUCGAUCUCCCGCAACCAACAGAAAAGCUGGUGCCCGAGUCGGCCGGGCCACAACCCCAGCACCCCGAGGACGUCGGCAGCAACGCCCUGCACAUCCGCAUCUUCCACACACGCCAGAAGAUAAGCGAGUUUACCAAGGAUGUGCUCGUCAGCCGCAAUGUCAACACCACCGACCUGCAAACCACGGUCCUGUCGCUGCACAGCGAGCUCGACGACUUUGCCAACCGCCUCCCCGCGUCGUUUCAGUUCUCUGAAAACUCUCUCCGCCUGCGGGCCUACUCGCCGCGGAUAUGCGUUUUCAUCAUGAUUCACGUGUGGUGGCGCCAAUGCCACUGCGACCUCUACCGUAUCGCGCUGUCCGGCUUCCGCGAUGCGCUGCCUCGCCCGAUCCUCGACUCGCUCGACGACAGCUUCAUUCAACACUGCCAGCGCCAGUGCCUCGACCACUCCCUCGCCAUGGUCAGCAUCUUCUCCACAAUGCAGAAGCUGGGCGCGAAGCCCGUCGCCGACCUUGACCUCGCCCUGUGCGCGUACCAGUGCGCCCGCAUGCUCAAGUACGCCUUCCACGUCAAUGGCGACAAGUUUGGCCUCACCGCGGACGGCGUCACCGAACAGGCCAGGGUGUGUCUGCGGACCAUCAAGCAGUGCUGCAAGGGCCCUGCCGCCGCGGCCAUUGUCGCCGAGCUCGAGUCCCUCAUCGCCCGCGGCCUGGGCGCGCCCGCCUCGCCCGCCAACAUCUCCAGCCCGGAUACGUUUAGGAUCAACGGCAUGCCCAACGGGCAGUCGUCGGGCCGCAACGCCGUGCUAAGGAGCAUCGAGGUCACCGAUGACCCGGACGUCGUGUCCCACACCAACGGCAACUUCACAUCGGCGCCGUCGAGCAACAAAAUGGCGCGACUGUCACUGCCGGAUGCCGUAAUGGGCAGUAGUGACCCUUGGGCCGCGGAGAACACAAGCAGCAACGGCAGCAGCAGCAACAAUAACAACAACGGCAACCACAGCUUCGCUGCUGUCGGCCCACCGUCCAUGUCCGAGACGGCGGCACGCAGCGCCGACGACUUCACCACGUCGGAGCUCAACAACGCGUACGAGGGCGCGCUCGACGGGCUGGGGCUCGACAACGGGCUCGACCACGCCAUGGGCAUCGACCUGUCGCCGUGGCCACCGACGACGAGCGGGGAGUUUGUGUGGCCCGAGUUUCUCAACGGCGGGGUGGGCGUGUAGCGCUCAGUGCUAUUGCUGUGGGCUUUCUCCGCAUGGCGUGACGUAGACGAGCAAUCUGGAUGACAUAUAUGACACUAAAGGAAGGGCUUUUUAGAUCGACACGGGAUGAUGAGACGAUAACGUUGCGGAUAGACGUGGCACGCAAUGACCAUCUUUGGGAAGGGAAAGCAGGUAAAUGGUGCUCUCUUGUUCAAGGGGUCGGCGGAUCAUCAUCAUCAUCAUCAUCAUUAUGGGUGGCGACGAUGAUAAUGAAAAAUGACGGUAGCAGGAGCAGCAGCAGCAGCAGCAGGAGCGAGUUUUGGAUAUACCCCCCCUUUUGCCACCACCAGCACCUACGUUACCAUAGAGAGCAAGGAAGUACGCGACCGUACGCACGCACGCGCGCACGUGCACGUCGUCAGCGUCUUGGACAAAACAAAUGAAGAAAUAAUCAUCAUCACAACUUUGCA